GUGGACAAGUACCUGUAUCACAUGCGUCUCUCUGAGGACACGCUGCAGGAGGUGUCCGAGCGCUUCCGCAAGGAGAUGGAGAAGGGGCUGGGAGCCGACACCAACCCCACGGCCUCCGUCAAGAUGCUGCCCUCCUUCGUCAGGUCCACCCCCGAUGGGACAGAGGAUGGAGAUUUCUUAGCGCUGGACCUCGGCGGCACCAACUUCCGCGUGCUGAGGGUGAAGGUAUCCGACAACGGCCAGCAGAAGGUGGAGAUGGAGAGUCAGAUCUACGAGAUCCACGAGGACCUCAUGCGAGGCAGUGGGAUGCAGCUCUUUGACCACAUUGCCGAGUGCCUGGCCAACUUCAUGGAGAAGCUGAAAAUCAAGGACAAGAAGCUGCCCCUUGGCUUCACCUUCUCCUUCCCAUGUCAUCAGACCAAGCUGGAUGAGAGCAUCCUCGUCAACUGGACAAAGGGAUUCAAGUGCAGCAGCGUGGAGGGGAAGGACGUGGUGUCCCUGCUGCGUAAGGCCAUCAAGAAGCGUGGGGACUUCGACAUCGACAUUGUGGCGGUGGUAAAUGACACUGUUGGCACCAUGAUGUCCUGUGGCUACGAUGACCAGAACUGUGAAGUCGGACUCAUUGUGGGGACGGGCACCAACGCCUGCUACAUGGAGGAGAUGAGGCACAUUGACCUGGUGGAGGGGGACGAGGGCCGGAUGUGCAUCAACAUGGAGUGGGGGGCGUUUGGGGACGACGGCGUGCUCAACGACAUCAGGACCGAGUUUGACCACGAGAUCGACAUGGGCUCGCUCAACCCUGGCAAGCAGCUGUUCGAGAAGAUGAUCAGUGGGAUGUACAUGGGGGAGCUGGUGAGGCUCAUCCUGGUGAAGAUGGCCAAGGAGGGGCUGCUGUUCCGAGGGAAGCUCUCUUCAGAUCUGCGCACCACCGGGCACUUCGAGACCAGAUUUGUCUCUGCUAUAGAGAAGGAGAAAGAGGGGCUGCAGAAAGCCCACGAGAUCCUGACCAAGCUGGGGCUGGAGCCGUCCCACGAGGACUGCCUGGCCACACACCGCAUCUGCCAGAUCGUCUCCACGCGCUCGGCCAACCUGUGCGGGGCCACGCUGGCCGCCGUGCUGCGCCGCAUCAAGGAGAACAAGGGGGUGGACCGGCUGCGCUCCACCGUCGGCGUGGAUGGAUCCGUCUACAAGAAGCACCCGCACUUUGCCCGACGCCUCCAUAAGACAGUGAGGAAGCUGCUGCCCGACUGCGACAUUCGAUUCGUGAGGUCGGAAGAUGGCAGCGGCAAAGGGGCGGCCAUGGUGACGGCGGUGGCAUAUCGGCUGGCGGCCCAGCACAAGGCCAGGCAGAAGAUCCUGGAGGCGCUGAAGCUGAGCCAGGAGCAGCUCCUGGAGGUGAAGAGGAGGAUGAGGGUGGAGAUGGAGAGGGGGCUGGGCAAGGAGACGCACGCGGAGGCCACGGUGAAGAUGCUGCCCACAUACGUGUGCUCAACUCCAGACGGGACAGAGAAAGGAGAUUUCCUCGCCCUGGACUUGGGGGGGACGAACUUCCGCGUGCUGCUGGUGCGGGUUCGGAACGGGAUGCGGCGCGGGGUGGAGAUGCACAACAAGAUCUACUCCAUCCCAUUGGAGGUGAUGCAGGGGACGGGCGAGGAGCUCUUCGACCACAUCGUCCACUGCAUCUCCGACUUCCUGGAGUACAUGGGCAUGAAGGGGGUGUCGCUCCCGCUGGGCUUCACCUUCUCCUUCCCGUGCAGGCAGACCAACCUGGACGAGGGGAUUCUCCUUAAGUGGACGAAGGGGUUCAAAGCCACGGGCUGCGAAGGGGAGGACGUGGUGAGCCUGCUGAAGGAGGCCAUCCACCGCAGGGAGGAGUUCGACCUGGACGUGGUGGCGGUGGUGAACGACACGGUGGGCACCAUGAUGACUUGUGGAUAUGAAGACCCCUACUGCGAAGUGGGGCUGAUAGUUGGCACGGGCAGCAACGCCUGCUACAUGGAGGAGAUGAAGAACGUGGAGCUGGUGGAGGGCGACGAGGGCCGCAUGUGUAUCAACAUGGAGUGGGGGGCGUUUGGGGACAACGGCUGCUUGGAUGACAUCCAGACCGAGUUUGAUUUGGCCGUGGAUGAGCUGUCCCUCAACCCCGGGAAGCAGAGGUUUGAGAAGAUGAUCAGCGGGAUGUACCUGGGGGAAAUAGUCCGCAACAUCCUGAUGGACUUCACCAAGAGGGGGCUGCUCUUCCGCGGCCGCAUCUCCGAGCGCCUGAAAACCAGGGGGAUCUUUGAGACCAAGUUCCUGUCCCAGAUAGAAAGCGACUGCCUGGCCCUGCUGCAGGUUCGCUCCAUCCUCCAGCACCUGGGCCUGGAGAGCACGUGUGAUGACAGCAUCAUCGUGAAGGAGGUGUGUGCCGUGGUGGCCCGUCGGGCUGCGCAGCUCUGUGGGGCAGGAAUGGCCGCAGUGGUGGAUAAAAUCCGAGAGAACCGAGGGCUGGAGUUCCUCAAAGUGACGGUCGGAGUGGACGGGACGCUCUACAAACUGCACCCGCACUUCUCGGCCGUGAUGCAGGACACGGUGCGGCAGCUCUCCCCGCGCUGCGAGGUGUCGUUCCUGCAGUCGGAGGAUGGCAGCGGUAAAGGGGCCGCGCUGAUCACGGCCGUGGCGUGUCGGAUCCGCGAUGCCGGGCAGCGGUAGGGGCAGCUCCGAGCUCAGCCCUGCGCCCCACGGACGAUUCCUUCCCCGCUCCCUCCCUCCGUACACAGACACACAGACACACACAGACACACCCAUUUACUCUCCUGGUGGGACACCAAGUUCUGCGUCCCCCCAACCCCGAACCACUCGUGUCCCCCAAUGGCAGAAUGGAUCCUCUGCCCCCCCCCCACACUCUGGUUGUAUUUUACCCCCCCCUCCCCGCUCCCCCCAUUGGGGCUGCAUGACCUGCACAGUGGGGCAGUGCCGGGCAUGGGGGUCCCGUUGCAUGGACCCCCCCCCACAGCUGUGUUCCCGGUCACCCCCCCCGUGUCCUUUAGCAUCGAACCUUCCCUUUCUCUCUGUUGUUUUUAUUCCCCUUAAUUUAACGUUUCCUUGGGGUCAGACUGGAGAACCCAGCACUGCGGGGCUGGGGGGGGGGGCACUUUGUGGUCCCCAUAAGGGAUAAAUGGAGGGGGAGGGUUUAUGGCUGGGGAGGGGGGGGGAUGCAGCACAGCCCCACAGCGCGGUGUGGGGCAGAGCUGCUCUAUGGGGCAGGACGGAGCUCUCAGGGGACUCCUUUGUGUCGGGGGUCGAAAUGAAGAAGGGAAGCUGAAGUCGCAGCUGUCGAUAUGAAGGGAAGGCCGGAUGGAGCAGGAUGGGGGGGGGGGGCACAAAGCUCAGCCCCCUCCCCAUAUCUCCCCCCCCCCCGGGGCGAUUCUGAUCCAAGCCAAAGACGGUGGGGCUGCGAGCAGCGGAGCUGCGCCUGCUGUUCUCCUCUCGUGUUUACACUUAUUUAUUUGGAGCUGUGAUAGAUAAGAGAGCUGGAAAGGCUUCCUUAUUUUUGUACUUUUCGGACCGGUUUCCCUCUCGGUGCCGUGCUGCUGUUUUACUCCUCGGCUCCCCCAUAAUAAACGUGGAACCAACUGA